AUGUCAAAAUCGACUGCGUCCAGCAGUAAUACCACUGUUCUUGUCCCCUCGCAUAUCAAGACCUCCGCAGUGUCUGUUGAGCAGCCACCUGCCAAGCCUGUGCAGAAAACUCCCAAUGUAUACCCAUUUUGGCUAGGCGGUGUUGCGUCGAGUAUUGCCGUAUGCUUUACGCAUCCCCUUGAUCUCGCCAGGGUGCGUCUGCAAAACUCGCCAACCAAGAUGUCGACAGGACAGCUGAUCUGCUCGACGAUCGCCGGUGAAGGUGUGCGUGGUCUGUACAUCGGACUGUCGGCCAGCAUUCUGCGCCAAAUGACAUACAGUCUCACUCGGUUCGCAGCGUACGAGGAAAUGAAGAACUACGUGCAACGUACUCGCUUUACUGACAAGCCCAUCCCGAUGUGGAUCACCAUUAGCGCUGCCAGUCUCGCAGGCGCCGCGGGCGGCAUUGCUGGCAACCCCGCUGACUUGGUCUUGGUGCGCAUGACCAGCGAUUUGUUUCGUGAACCUUCUCAGCGCUUCCAGUACCGUAAUUGCUUCGAUGGUGUGAUGCGCAUCAUAAAGGAUGAGGGUGUUCGUGCGCUCUUCCGUGGCUGGCAGCCGAAUACGGUGCGUGCGGCGCUCAUGAACGCGAGUCAGCUUGCGUCGUACGAUUUUUUCAAGGACUUGCUCCUUUCUACAGGCCUGUUUACCAACGGCACGCUUGCGCACUACCUGACAUCGUCUCUUCUUGCUGGAACUGUGGCUACGACGAUCACAUCUCCCGCUGAUGUCGUUCGCUCCCGUUUGAUGAACGUGCGUGGCACCGAAAGCGGCGUCCCACAACUCCUCAAUGCCAUGCGGUCGGAGGGCCCCAUGUUCCUGUUCCGUGGCUGGGUUCCUUCGUGGAUGCGUUUGGCGCCGCAGACGGUCAUUGUGCUUACGCUUCUUGAAGAACUGCGUCAUUUGGUCGAUUAUUGCCGCGGUACAUAG